GGUCUUUGGGGCACAGCGGGGCCGGGAGGGGUGAUGGCAAAGCCGUGGGGAUGCUGCGGCGUUCUGAGCCUCACCGCCACCUCAAUCUCCCCUCCUAUGGGGCCAGAGGUGCAGCCAUGAGCAAUGAUUUACCAGCCCGUGACCCGCCCGCAGACCUUUGAGCCGGGCCCGGCGCUGCUCCGCGUGGCGAUGCUGUCCCUGGGGUCCUGGCUGCCCGCGUGGCCGGGGCUGGCGUGGGGCUGGGAGCUGCUGGAUGCGCUGCUGCAAGGUGAGGCCACGGGGACGUGGGGAUGUUGGGGACAUUGGGGACACGGUGACACGGUGCUGCUUCUCCCCAUAGGGCUGGUGGGGGCCUGCGCCACCUCGGUGCUCUGCAGCCUGCUGAGGGUUUAUCUCUACAUCCAGUGCCUGAACGACCCAACACGGCAGGACCUGCGGGCGGCCCUCGGGGCACAGCGGUGGUUGCUGGAGCCGCUGCACAUGCUGGUGCUGACGGGCGUCCUGGCGCUGGUGGGCUCCCGUGUGGCCGCGCUGGUGGUGCUGGAAUUCUCCCUGCGCGCCAUCUCCACCCUCCUCUCCCUCAGCAAGGGUGCCCACAGCAUCCAGCUGCUCGUGCUGUGCCAGUUCUCGCUGGGCUGUGGGCUGUCCUGCAGCCUCAGCUUCCUGCUGGAGGGAGCUCCCCACGGGACCUGCAACCUUGCAUUAGCAGCAGGGCUGGCGGUGCUGCUGGCCGUGCACACCCGCCGCUUGGCCCUGCACACCUGCACCCUGUAUGAGCUGCACAGCCGGGCGCGGUACUGCGGCAUCUGCAUGCUGCUGCUCACCUCCGGGCACGGCGUGCCCCGGCUGCUGCGCAAGGCGCUGCUCGUCGCCUUCGUCGUGGCUGACCUGGCCGCCAUCGCGCUCAUCAAUCGUGAUUUCCUCUCGACAACGGAGGCCGUGCGCUUCUGGACGCCGCUCACCAUCUGCUACACGCUGCUCGUCGUCUACAUGCAAGAGGAGCAGCGGUCAGAUGCGGGCAGGCAGUCAGCCUACCAGACAGUGCUGGUGCGCAUGGGGGGCCUCUUCAUCCUCCUCCUCACCGUGGGCCGCUGGACAGACAUACUCCACAUCUUCCUCUCAUUGCUGGGUGAGCUCUGGUGCUUGAUCCGCACCGGCGUCCUGCUGGAAGCGUGCCGGCAGCAGGAUCUUGCCCAGCAGCAUCAAGCAACAUCAGGAUCGUCCUGAGCUGUAAGCAGAGAUGAGGAACUCGGAGCGGCUCCCUAAGUCCUCCCAACUGUGCUGGACAGCCACUAUGGGACACAGAGGGACACAGGGGAAGGGUCUCCUGGGAGGUGCUGGACCCCAUCCCAUUUGAUAUGUGGAUGCUUGCACAGCCCCUGGCUUUUGAGGCCCCCACCCAUGGUUGUGAUUGGGCUGGGUCAUUGGGCUGUGAUCUCCCUUUGUCCUGCUGUGGGAUGCAGAAGGAUGUCCCCAUCCUCAGGGGCUGCCAGGCUGCACCACUGACAUGCAGGGACCUCUGGAGCUUUGUAAAUCAUGGGAAAUAAAGGUCUUUUAUUCCCAGUAAA